AGGAGGAUGGUUAAUGCGGCGGCAAUCGCGAGUUUGUAGCGCCGGAGCAGCUUCUGCACUCGGACGCUGGCCGCCAUCUUUCCCACUCCGCUGCUCGGGAGCGCGCAGGGCUCAGUGCGCGUCCACGCGGGGGCGCUGUGACUGCCCGUCCUCAGGGUCACAUGGAUCUGCUAGAGCCUGCGCCAGCUCUCUUCAGAGCGCAUGUGGGCUGUCAGCAUGUCCCACACCGAGCAGAUGAUGAAGAGGAGCGACGCUAGAGCUGCAGAUGGUCUCUUCUCUUCCUGAUAUGAGAGCCGUCGUGUUGAGGUCGAUGAGUUUAGGAGGAUUUCUGAAGGGAACCUUUAAAGUUCACACGGAGGAAAUGUCCACAACUGCAGGUCCAACAACCCCCUCAUUACAGCUGACAUCGGACCAACUCAUAGUCGUCGCUGCAUCCUUUUCUGUUCUGGUGUUCUUUGUGGUCUUUGUGGUGUUGCUGUCCAUCGUUUACCGCAAGGAUCUUCAGUGUUGCAAACACCACUCUUAUCAGGAGCCCCGUGCAGAUAUGGAUGUUCCUCCUCAGUACUACAGCAGCAGGCAGACCCUAGUGGGCUCCCCUUGUUUGGACCAGAGUCAUAUCAUUGAUGACAGCAGCACCCAGCAGGCAGGUGAGCUGUUCUACGUCGGCCAGCCCUCCAGCUACAGCCUGCCCACGCUGGAGGCCCCCCUGCCGAGGCUCCCCUCCUACGAGAGUGUCCGAAAGAAGGACCGCCAGAGGCAGAUCCACAUGAUGAUCGCAGACCGCUUUGGCCUCAAUGGGCCCAUUGUGACUGAGCCUCCUCCAACAUAUGAAGAAAGUAUUCGUCAGUCUCUAGAGCUGCCAAACAACUUCGUACCCUCCAGCUUGGACAUCUUGCCUCCUCAGAGCUUUUAGACCUCUCUCUUCAAACUGACUCAACUCGUCAGCACGGAUGCCAACAGCACAGUUCUGGUUGCUGCGGGAUGCCGACGAAUUCCUCAGUCUCUGUGAUGAUUGUGAGAUAAACUUUAUAGCCUUUGUUCAGAUCAUGAUCACGGUCAUCCUAUUCAGAUACCUCAAAACGUACUUGUUUUUUUAUUUUUGCUGGGAGGUGACUAAUGUUGAUCAUGAGCUGAGGAGCAACCAAAGAGGAGGAGCUGCAUCACCUCCAGUGGAGUUCACAAUAAAGACACGUUUGAAUGUUAAAAACAAACCCUGGUGACGUUUACCGCACCACUACCAUGCUGAUGAGUUUGUAAAAUGCUCAUAAACUAAGGUGGCAGGAACAUCUUGAUGCAGGCAGGGUGGAUGAAUCUGCUGGACUGAAACAUACCAAAAAUAUGAUGAUCAUAGUGAUGUUGAUUAUAUUAUGUUAAUGAAGAUUUGUUUGAUAGUUUUUUUGUUUUGUUUUGUUGAUCCUGAACUGGAAACCAUUGUUUGUGAGGGAUCUGUUUGAUCAGGGGCUGCUGUAACAAUGUUGAGUAUGAUAUACAACCAGUAAACAGGAGACUAAAAAUGGUGCUAAGACCUGCCAUUCAUGAAGUUAAUGUAAGACAUUUAUCACAUUUGUGGUUUUCUGUCUUAUUAUUUCUCUAUAUAUUUUAUUUGAUCUCUUUUUGUUUUGACUCAAAUGUAUUUUAAGUAACCUACCCUGUGUAUUUUUAGCCAUGCUUGUCAUAUCUUUGACUGUAUUUAUUGAAGAAAAAGGACUGACUUCAUGUUAUUUCUCAGUGCCAACAAAUGUAAUAAAUACUUUUAUAACUUUGUUGAUGGACUGAUGUAAUUACACAGCAACAGCCAGUAAUGUAUAUUUAAAAGAGACAAAAUGAUUAUUUUCUGAAACUGAAGAAUGAGGUGUAAUUCAUGCAGUAUGUUUGCACAAUGUGCAGGUGUUGGUUGUAGACCGUCUAAAAACAGCUUUGUG